GUCCAAUGCAUUGACUCCAUUACUUAACGCAGACGCCAUUGUCGUGACCCGCAUCCCAAAUCCAAGCUAUAACAACCGAAAGAAUCGAAAAGAGGGAACUGUUGGAGGGGUUCGUUUCCUAUUCACAUAAAGAAAAGCAUUUCUUGAGAAAAUUGAAACCCCACCAAGAAUUCAUUCCUUUCCUCCUUCUGUCCCUCCGUUGUUCAACAUAUAAAACAAACAAUCUUGGGAUUGGGAACAAUUUCAUCAUUGGUCUGCCAUGAAUCCUUUGGAAAGAAUUUUCCUUUUGUUGUCCAUUUUGCCCUUUGCCUGUUUUUCUCAAGAGAUUUCUCAUCCUGAUGCCUUCCCUGGGGCUAUAAUACUUCAAUUACCAGAAAGAAAUGAAGCCCAGUUGAAGAAAUUGACUCUGGAGGAAGCCCAUUUACAGUGCACAAGUUGGAGGGUUGCUGUGGAGGCCAACAAUUUGAGCCCAUGGAAGACAAUACCGGAGGAUUGUGCUGAUUAUGUCAAAGAAUAUAUGACUGGGAAUGUUUAUGAGUUUGAUCUUCAAAGGGUUUAUAAUGAAGCUGGAAUAUAUGCAAGAAGUGUCAAUUUGAAUGGAGAUGGGAAAGAUGCUUGGAUUUUUGAUGUGGAUGAGACUCUGCUUUCCAAUCUUCCCUAUUAUGCUGAACAUGGCUAUGGCUUGGAGAUGUUUAAUAGUACGAAAUUUGAUCAAUGGGUGGAGACGGGAACGGCACCUGCUGUAGAGUCUAGUCUGAAGCUUUAUGAGGAGGUUUUAAGCUUGGGAUUCAAGGUUAUCUUGUUGACUGGUAGAAGUGAACGGCACCGUGGUAUUACUGUCGAGAAUUUGUUGAGAGCUGGAUUUCGGGAAUGGGACAAGCUCAUACUCAGGUCGUCUGAGGAUCACGGAAAGACAGCAACAGUGUACAAGUCUGAUAAGAGGAAUGAGCUCGUUGAAGAGGGUUACCGAAUCCUGGGCAACUCUGGAGACCAGUGGAGUGAUUUAUUGGGUUCUUCCAUGUCAAAACGUUCGUUCAAGCUGCCGAAUCCAAUGUACUACAUUCCUUGACCGGACAAGCUCGUCAUGGAUUCUUUCUGGUUGGAAUAUUGAAAUAACAAAACCUGUAUAUAUAUAUGACUGAACAGGACAUUCAUUCUUAUGAACAUUACAAGAAAUAGGAAUUACGAAAGAUUCAUACUAUGUCUAAUUCUAGUUUCUUGUUAUAUUGUCUCAUUGUCUCUGUCACGUAUUAAUAUUUUGGUAGUAUACAUUUUA